ACUAAUUUUAGGUCUCGAUUUUAGUUUCACCUGGUUGUUAAUUUCAGUUUCGUUUGUUAACCAAUUGGAUUAAUAAUAAUAAAGUGUGCAGUUGAAUUCGCGCGCUUUUUUGUUUUUAUUUUUUUUUAUUUAAGAAAAAAAAAACAGUGAGGUGAGGAUGUCGAUGAAAAACGAUAAGCAACCGUGUGCACGACUUUGCCACAUAGUAAAGUGGGAGGACUUUGAUGGUUAUGGUUUUAAUCUUCACGCGGAGCGCGGCAAGGAGGGCCAAUUUAUUGGCAAAGUUGAUGAUGGCUCACCAAGUCAAGCCGCUGGAUUACGUCAAGGCGAUCGCAUUAUCGAAGUUAACGAAAUAAAUAUUGAUAAUGAAACCCAUAAACAAGUUGUUGAUCGUAUUAAGGCUUUUCCCAAUGAAACAAAAUUACUCGUUGUCGAUCAGGAGGCUGAUGAUUAUUACAAGGCUAACAACAUUAUUAUCAAGGGCACGAUGUCAGGCAUCAAGGUAAUCAAGACGCCCGAGAAGAAUCCAUCCUCCGAACACGAGGCUCCUGAUGGAAGCAUUUCCUCAUUCGAAGAUAAUACACACAAGUCAAAUAAUUCAAUCGACACAUUGUCAAAUAGUGGCAGCACAGCUACAAUGACGGCCACAUCGAUCAACGAUAGUAAUUCAAAGGAGAAAAUCAACAACAAUGGACAAGAAAAUGGACGCAGUGAUAUCUACAAUAAUGAUAAAUCAAUUAGCAAUGAAACUGGAAACAACGCAACAGAACACCUUACCACGGGGAACGGAGAUGUAUCGACGACUAAAGAGAGCCUCAAUCUUAAAAUGAGUGCCAAGGAAGUACGUGCUAAAUUGGCGACCAAGAAAAAGUAUGAUCCUAAAAAAGAUACUAUUCCAUUCCAGGCUAAAUAUGAAAUGUUAAAUCAAAUGUAAUUGCUUGUAAUGCAGCAUUAAAUUGCGCAUGUUGUUAUUCUCAUCGUAAGCAAAUGUAUUACUAUACAAAUAAAGUUUAAAACUAAUUUUUUUAGUUAUCAAUGAAA